AUGCCUAGACAUGGAAGAAGAGGAAAGCUGCCAAAGAGCGAAAAGCUCCCUAAGAAAGAGGAAACAGACAAUACGCCGUCGAAACUUUUAUCAUCUAUGUUAAAAACGUUAGAUUUAUCAUUCGAGCGUGAUAUUGGAAUGCUCAAUGGAAAAGCCGUUAGAUCUAUACCCAGUAAGAAGACAUUGUUAGAAUUACAAGCUCAAUUGGAUAGCCUCAACGAAAUAUUGGGUGCAAUUGCCCAAAGUGAUAGAGAGACUAUAGAAGCUUUACGAAAAAUAAGAGAUAGUAAGGACGAAAAGGAAGCAGACAAUGAAGAGCAGAAAGAAUUAACUGCAAAUGGAAAAGACGAAAAGGAAAUGGCUGAUAAGGAAAAGGACGAAAAUAAACAGAAGGAAGAUAAUUUAUUAGAAUCACAUCCAUCUGAAACCCUUCCUGGCACAAUUGAAAAUGAUGUAGAAAGCAUCAAACAAGCCGCAGAUACUAUGGCUAGGGAAGAAAUCAACGAAGACAAAGAGUUGCAGGUAAACAAAGACCAACCAAGGGAAAAGAGGCCAUUUGAGUCUGAAAUAACAAAUGACGGCGCAGAGAAUGAAAGUACGAACGAACCAGAAAAUAAAAAACAGAAAGUUGACAUUGAUAAAAUGGAAAAUGAUCCAUCAGUGAAAAAUCCAAAAUCAGAAUUUGUUGUAUCACAGACACUACCACUUGCAGCAGCGGCCUUGGGAUUAUUUAAUGAGGAGGGACUAGAAAGUACAGGAGAGGAUUUCUUGAAGAGAAAAUAUAAUGUUGCUAGCUACCCUACAAAUGAUUUAAAGGAAUUACUACCAGGUGAGUUACCAGACACAGACUUUUCGCAUCCCAAGCCAACUAAUCAAAUCCAAUUUAAMACUUUUUUGGCCUUUGUGGAAAACUUCUUUAAAGACCUCAGUGAUGACAAUGUAAAGUUUUUGAAGACGAAAUAUAUUUUACCUGAUAGUUUACAAUUUGACAAAACAUAUGACCCUGAAAUAAAGCCAUUUGUCAUACCGAAAUUGGGUCCUCUAUAUUCUGACAUCUGGUCUAAGGAUGAAAACGACAAAAACCCUGCCUUUAAAAAAACACCGCCGCACCUGAAUGAUGCGUCUGCCAUACUGCCAAAGAAAAGUGCUAAUGAACUUGAUGACAACGUUUUGGAAACAGAAAGCGUCUCCUGUGGACCUUUACUAUCCAGAUUGUUGGGUGCUAUAUUGAAAGACGACGACGAGAAACCAGAUUUGCAGUCUUCCAGAAUAACAGGAGACAAUGAGCCACCGAGAAUAAAAGAAGAAGACAAAGUAUCGUCACCCAUGAACAAUAGGACUGACGGCACAGAUAUGUCAUUAUCACAAGAGACUGGACCCAGUGUUCGGACACCCGACAGCGACAUCGAAGAAGACGCAUCCUUCCAGGCAAAAUCAACAGGAAACAAAGACGGUGGUAGUACCACAAGUACACUACCUCAACAGAUUGGAUGGAUAACAAAUGGAAUCAAUCUAGACUAUCCAACCUUUGAAGAACGGUUGAAAAGAGAACUAAAGUAUGUGGGGAUAUAUAUGAACAUGCCCAAAGAUGAAAACAAUCCUAACUCAGAUGACCCUGAUUGGAUUACCGGUAGAGAAGACGACGAGAUAAGCGCGGAAUUAAGAGAGUUACAAACCACAUUGAAACAGGUGACCAAAAAAAAUCAAAAAAGGAAAGCCCUGCUGAUUCCGUUAGUCGAGAGGCAAUUAGCAUGGCAGGAAUACUCAUCUAUUUUGGAGGACUUAGACAAGCAGAUUGACCAGGCUUAUGUCAAGCGCAUUCGUGUACCUAAGAAAAGAAAGAAGCAUCAUACAGCAACUUCAAGUAAUGUGAAUACAGGAACCACAUCUCAAAUAGCACAACAGAAGGCUGCUAACUCGAGCCUAAAGUCGUUACUAGAUAAGAGGCAGAGGUGGAUUAACAAGAUUGGUCCUCUAUUUGACAAGCCUGAACUUAUGAAAAGAAUUCCUGCUGAAAGCGUAUUCAAGGACAUAGACCAAGAAGAAGAUGAAGACGAAGGCGAUGUGUUUGGACAAAACACUAACAAGGACGUGGAACUAAACUGA